AUUCCAGCUGGACAUUGUUCUAGUAAACGUCAAGCGCCAAGGUUAACAAUUUUCGAGUUUACACAAAAUUUGUCGUUUGUAUAAAAUCCAGUGACAGAAGUUGUGACCAGUUUUUUGAAAUCUAUUGCUUUCCGUAUUAUAACAAAAAAAAAUAAUGGACCCUGAAAGUGAUUAAAUAAAUUGCCACCAUGAAAAGUUUAUUAGUGCUAGAAGGACCAGUGUUAACAAAUAGGUGAAAGAAAUGGAUGAAUAUGACGAAGAUGAGCCCAAUUUUGAAGAACAGGAAUUCCACAACAACGUUCGUGAACAAAUCAUCUUUUUGUUGCUGUUCCUUCUCCUCUACCUUCUGAGUUUCGCUCUUUUGGGACGUUUCAAACGAAAAGGCCGCGAAGACUACUACAGCACCGAUGAAGACGAGGUCACAGUCUAUCGUAUAAGCACUUGGUUGUGCACAUUCUCAUUAGCAGUAUCAAUCGGUGCCGUUCUUCUUUUACCAAUUUCUAUAAUUUCGAACGAAGUGCUUAUUAUCUACCCCAACAGCUAUUACAUCAAAUGGUUAAACAGUUCUCUUAUUCAAGGAUUAUGGAAUUAUAUUUUUUUAUUUUCGAAUUUAUCACUUUUCGUUCUUUUACCAUUUGCUUAUUUAUUUACUGAAUCGGAAGGAUUUUUCGGACAUCGCAAAGGAUUGAUGGCCAGAGUUUACGAAACUUUUACAGUUCUAGGGCUUUUAGGAUUGGUGGUGUUGGGUAUGACGUAUGUCAUAUCGGCACUUAUUGAUAAAGAUAAGUCGAGUUUUCAGACUUUACUCAAUUUGUGGAGCUACUACUUACCGUUUUUAUACUCGUGCAUAUCAUUCCUGGGCGUUUUGAUGCUUUUAGUAUGCACACCUUUGGGCUUCGUGCGACUUUUUGACGUCGUCAGUCAGUUCCUAAUAAAACCUAAAUUUUUGCGCGAUAUUAACGAGGAAUACUACGCUUGUGCUUUAGAAGAAGAGUGUUUGAGGCGAAGACUGAAACAUGUACAAACCACUGGCAAGUAUUACGUCAGUCCGGCCCCCAUGUCGAUAGGUCUAAACGGCCCUUUCCACGAUGACGAUUACAAACUUCCUGAUAAUUUAUUACGGCUACGAAACGGGGAAUUACAAUCGGGACUCGGCUCACGCCUUGUCGAAGUCGAAACAAGGAGAAAGAUGUUAGAUAAGCAAAGGCAUACGUCGUUUCUGCGCCGAAACGUCUUACAUCCAAUAGCGAUGAUACUUUUGAUCGGUUUGACAGUAAUUGCAGUACUGUUGGUUGUACAAAACACGCUUUCUUUGCUUAUUGGGAUUAAAGCGUUGCCUCUUAGUUCAAAGCAAUUCACGUUAGGCGUCAGCUCUUUGUCCAAGUUGGGUCCCUUUGGGGCAGCAUUGGAGAUUGUAUUAAUUUUAUACUUAAUUGCAACUUCUUCGAUAGGUCUUUAUACAGCUCCUGUGAUGUCUCGGAUUCGGCCGAGGCCUAAAAGUACGCCAUUUUGUUUAAUUAUAGGCAAUUGUGCUGUUGUAUUGAUUCUCAGUUCGGCUUUGCCUCUACUAUCAAAGAUUUUGGGUAUCACAAAUUUUGACCUAUUGGGCGAUUUCGGCAGCAUCGAGUGGCUUGGAAACUUCCAAAUUGUACUACUUUACAACUUGUCUUUCGCAGCAGCUUCGACUUUAUGCGUAGUCAAUAAAUUCACAGCGAAAGUGCGAAGAGAACUGUAUGCCCGAAUUUCGAUUUUUCUGGGAGUAUGUGAACCACCUGUUUCCGUCCCAAAUACACCAAGGCCUUCAGUGGUCAAGUUUGCAUAGAGAAUUAUCAACUUGUUCUGUGAUUAGUAGAAUAGAUUUUCUCGAACUGAAAGGCUGAGUUAAGUACAGUGCGUGACUUGAGGCGGGGGUUUACUGCACAAGGUCAGAUGCUUUUCUAGUCGUAAGUUUAUUAGUUGUUUCACUUGUUAUAUAUUCAUUGCCUUAUUUAUGUAUUACUUCUAGGGAUUUUAUCAAAUAUAUUAAUUUAUAUCUAAA